AAUUCAGCUGCAAACUAUCAAUGGCUAAAAAUGUUUCAGUGAACGAGAACCAGUCCGACAAUCUCUGCGCGCUCGAUUCUCGCCGCUAUGAUCGGCACACAGACGAUUUUUUUUUUUUUAUUUUUUUAUUUUUUAACUUUUUUUCUGUCUUCAGAGAGGGUUUUAGGAACGAUUGACCAAAUAACAGGCAGCCAUUGAUUCCAGUGGGGGCGAAGAAAUAAUGGCCGGCCAUUGAAUUGAAAUGAGGUGUCAUCGUCAUAUUAAUAUUCCCUCAUGUGUUGGCCAUUCGUGUUUCUUCUAUCGAUGCAAUUAGGUGAAUUAUCUCGGAUUCAGAAGUGAUCAAGGGGCAGCUGCAACCAUGAGCGAUCAUCCACGCCAAAUUAGAGCAAGUCUGGAGAAAAUGGAUAUUGAUGUGUUGGAUGAUGAGAAGCGAACAAGGCUGGGAUCUCUCAAGAAGGUGGCAAUAAGCGCUUCUACAAAAUUCAGACACUCUCUAACUAAAAAAAGCCGCCGAAACAGCAGAGUGAUGUCUGUGGACUUUGAUGAUGAGCAUGAUUCUGAGGAAACACGAGCUGUUGAUGCGUUGCGUCAAGCACUUAUUCUGGAAGAACUGUUGCCUGCUAAAUAUGAUGACUAUCAUAUGCUUCUAAGGUUUUUGAAGGCCAGAAGAUCUGACAUUGAGAAAACAAAGCAAAUGUGGGCUGAUAUGAUUCAAUGGAGGAAGGAUUUUGGUGCUGACACUAUUAUGGAGGACUUUGAUUUCAAGGAGAAAGAUGAGGUUCUUAAAUACUACCCACAAGGGCAUCAUGGCGUUGACAAGGAAGGUAGACCUGUUUACAUUGAGAGACUCGGUUUGGUCGAUCCAACCAAGCUCAUGCAAGCCACUACAAUGGAUCGCUAUCUUAAAUACCAUGUCCAGGAGUUCGAGAGGACAUUCAUCGAAAAGUUCCCAGCAUGCUCCAUUGCUGCCAAAAAGCACAUUGACCAAAGUACUACCAUUUUAGAUGUCCAAGGAGUGGGGCUUAAAAAUUUCACUAAAUCUGCUAGGGAACUAGUUCAACGCCUCCAGAAGAUCGAUGGUGAUAACUAUCCCGAGACCCUUUGCCGGAUGUACAUCAUCAAUGCAGGGUCUGGGUUUAGGCUCUUGUGGAACACUGUUAAGUCUUUCCUUGAUCCAAAGACUACUGCUAAGAUACAUGUUUUGGGUAACAAAUACCAGAGCAAGUUGCUUGAGGUCAUCGAUGCUAGUGAGCUACCAGAUUUUUUGGGUGGUACCUGCACCUGUGCAGAUAAGGGAGGCUGCAUGCUUGCUGAUAAGGGCCCUUGGAAUGAUCCGGACAUCAUGAAGAUGGUACGCAAUGGUGCACAUAAAUGCUCGAACAAAGUUAUCGUUGCAGUUGUGGAUGAAAAGGCAGAUGGGCAAACAUUCACUCAUACCCCACUCUCUCCUGUUCGAGAAGAAGCUGCUGUUAAAAACUGUAUUGUAACCAGCAACAACCCUAUUGUAUGUGAAUCCAAUGAGUGCGUGUCCAUAGUUGACAAGCCCAUGACUACUACUACUAAAUGGAAAAAAACUGAAUACUACAGCCAAGUUCCUCCGAAAGUUUACUUGCAUGCAGCAGAGAAAGGAUGCAAGGGUUCAUCAGAUGGACUCAGCAACCAGAUCUUUAGUGGAGUUAUGACCUUUGUGAUGGGUAUUGUUACGAUGGUUCGCAUGACACGCAACAUGCCAAGGACACUGACGGAUUCCACCUUCUAUUCCACUUCUAUGUACGGCGACGACAUGGUGAAAGGACAGGGACAUCCGUACAGCACUUCCGACACCGCCAUCUCCAGCGAGGAUUACUUCAUCAUGAUGAAGCGCGUGAACGAGCUGGAGGAGAGAGUGAGCGUUCUGACCAAGAAGCCGCCAUCGAUGCCGGCUGAGAAAGAGGAGAUGCUGAAGAAUGCCUUGAACCGCGUCGAUGCAUUGGAGCAAGAGCUUUCGGACACCAAAAAGAAGCUGGAGGCAGUGUUGGCGAAACAGGAGGAUCUUGUAGCCUACUUGGAAAAGAAGAAAAAAAAGAAGAAGAGGUUCUUUGCUUUCUAAGGGAUGAAGAAAAGGUGAGUGAUGAUGGGAUUUGUAAUUGUUAUUGUAAUUGUGUACAGACUCGUAUUCAUUCAUUGAUUGUUGUUCUUGUUCUUGUUCUUCAUUUUCCAAGCUGAUGUUGUGUUUCUUGUCAACUCAGUUUUGUGUGUGUAGUUGAAGCAGUACUAGUAAUGUAAUACUGCUAUUCUAUUGUUAUUGUUUGUGUGUAUCCAUGUCAUGUGUUGAUAUUAUCACACCCACCCACCCCCAUAUUGAGUAAUGUGUUGCUGUAGUUGUAAUUGUAAUUGUAAUAGUAAGGUCAAAUUUUGGCCACCUUCAUGGCCAAUAUCUAUC